GUGAAACAUCUAUUUUCCUGAAAGUUAUCCUACAAAUAAAGCAUCUACAAGUCUUUGUUGCUGACAAUUCUAUAUAUUGAAUCCUGGAGUCAUGAAUGGAGCUGUGAGUUGAAGCAGUCCAUUUUGAGGUUGAAUGACGAGCCCCCAUUAAUGACGUCCCGCUCGGUUCUUCCUCGCCCUUCUCUCCUUCCUCUGCUCCUCCCCAAGCCCUAAGGAUAAGGCGAACUCCAAGAGAAAGGUCGACGGGAUUCGGAGCCUCGCAUCUCUCUCGCUUACUUCACUCGCGAUUCACGGUCCGUGUUCUCUCUCCCCUCCCACUCGGUUCCCGAGAUGGUUUUACUCCACAAUCCGCUGAUUCUUUCGACGAGAGCAGAACGUAGAUUCUUCCUCUGCGACCGGGUGGCUUUCUUGCGUGUUCCUUUCUGGCAAUGCCCUUUUGCAAGCUAUUGGUUACCGUGGCUGUGGACCACCGGGUGCAGCUGAUGUGAACAGGAAGUGAGUUGCUGUUCUAGCUUUGGAACCAUGCUGAUCUCAUGAUGCAAAAUGGGUUCUGAGGGUGGAGGUGGAGGUGGAGGUUUGUUUCAUCUGUUUGGUUGGAACCGGAAGUCACGCAAGAAAUUGUUCCCUGAUGGAAAUGCUUCGUCUGAGAAAACAAUCCAAGGGAAUAAGCAUGAUGAUAAUAUGCCAACCUCACGGUUUCAUCUGAUUGACCAGAAUCAGUUUGAGAGAGUAGCAAGCACUAAGGCAGGCAGUCGCUCUGCUGGUGCUUCUUCGGUAACUAAUGAAGAGGGAAGUGGAUUAAGAACUCCUGGGGUUAUAGCCAGGCUUAUGGGUUUGGAUUAUAUACCAGCUUCAGGCAUUUCUGAGCCUUAUUCUACACCCUUACACGACUUGAGCUCGAUUCGGGAUGACAAUAGUAGAACUGUAAUGUAUGGUAAUGAUGAUUUCUACCAUGAGGUUACAAGAAGGGUUAUCUGUUCUGGAAGACCAGAGUUGAAGUCCCAAAAUAUGCCAGGCGGCCCGAUCGAGGAAUUCCAAACAGAUUUGAUGCCUUGCAGAGUAGCUAAAACUGUUGCAAUCACUCACCAAAAAUUGCUUUCUCCUGUUAAAAAUCCUAGUUUCAUCUCUUCUGACAGUGCAUCUUACAUAAUUGAAGCAGCAGCAAAUGUUCUCGAGUCAGAACUUCAUGGUGGUAGCAUGGGUGGCAUUCAGUCUUUCAAGGCACCUUUGAAUCCUUCUAAAGAUCAUAAUUUGAAUGGGAUCAUAGCACUACCUAGAAAGAUAUUGAUGUCUACAGAAUCAUCUGAAGGAAUUACCGAGCCAGAUGCUCCUGGAUCUCUUCAAGAAUGGGCCUUGAGAAGAAGUUUGAAGGGGUUAAAAGAUAGUACAAUUGGUCAAGCCUUUCCAAAUACUAAUGAAGCCCAUCCUUUUGCUGCUAAAGGCAUGCUAAAUGGGACGAAAUCUGUCCCUGGAGAUGCCUCUUUUAAAAAGAACAAGAUUGCAAAUGAACAUUCUGGCAAUGCUAAAGUUGGCUACCCAAAGAAAGAUACAGAACUUCCUGACAUUAACAAGGAUAGAUUGCCAGCAGGUUACAAGAACAUUACACGAAAAAAAAGUUUGGUAAAGCAGAGCUCCUGCUCCCAAAGGAACAUGUUCUAUCAUGACAUAUCGCUAGAUAGACAUGGAAAACAGGUUCAGCAUAAUGUUGUGAUGGAUGAGCAUUUAAGAUGGCACUAUGACAACACACAAAACUCUGUGGAUGUUGUAUCCUUUACAUUUACAGCUCCUAUAAGAAAGCCAAUGCUUGCAUCACAGGCUUCCAGUCUUGAGAUGGAGAUGCAGGACAAAAAUUAUGGGCAUUCUGAGAAUCCUUGUGAUGCUGCUGAAUGUUCAGACAGGGAGACAUCGUCCCAUCUCAAACUGCAUGAGGCAGAUGUUGAUUGUUUGGGUAUUAUUUUAGAAAGAAAGAUGUGGGAAUUAACAUCAAGGGUUCAGUCACCUUAUUGUAAAUUAGUUAAUGGAGGUGGUGUUCCAGCGUAUGCAUCUGUUUUGGGUGAUUCAAUUUCUGCUUUUACUGAACCAAGUAUUGCACCUGCCGAACACAAAAUGGAUUUAUUAUUGAGGUCCUAUGAUGAUGAACUAUCUGGUAGCUUUGAAUCAGACUCAUUAUCUAGUGAUCAGGCAGAAAGCAUUAGCUAUAAGCUGCAGGAAGUGAAAAUGGUGGACUGUAAUAGUAGCGGUGUGGAUGAAAAGUGUUGUCAUCAAGAUCGGAGUCCUCUUUCCUGCUACUCAACUGAGAGCUGGGAUACUGCUCAUGGAAGCAAGAUGGGCUCCAGUUCGAAAUUAUCCAACUUGGUGUCACCAUUUGUUCAUAAUGGAGAUGGACAAAUGCUCACAGAAAUUGGCAUAAGUUGUCAUUCUAAUGCAUGCAGCCAGGAACUUGGGUUUGUGAGGGAGAUAUUAACCAACACAGGCUUUACAUUCCAGGAUUUGAUACCUUGUGCGAUCGACCAUUCUUUCGAGAUACUUGAUCCUAUUCUUUUCGACAAGUUGGAAGAGACUAGAACCUCCACUGCACACAAUGUAGGAGAGGUGAAAAAGCUCAAGAUGAGAAGGAAGAUGCUGUUUGAUUCCGUGAAUGAAUGUUUGGACAGCAAGUGCAGCCGCUACUUCCGGGCAGGAUAUCAUUCAUGGGCACAAGGGGUGGUUGUUGCCGUGAAAGAGUUGGCCGAGGAACUGUACAAGGAGAUUUCAGGAUGGAAUGGCACUGGAGAUGGGAUUGUUGAUGAACUAGUGAAUGAAAGCAUGAACACUCAUCUGGGUUGCUGGACUCGCUUUGAAAUUGAAGCAUUCGAAGCCGGAGUUGAGAUGGAACGAAGGGUCUUUAAUUCCCUAGUUGAUGAAGUAGUUGUCGAUUUCUCGUGAACACACUUGAAUGGUUAUCUCCAUUACGAUAUAUGUAGCCUGCACAGGGUUUUCGUCUUUCUGUAUCCACACAUAUGUCCACUAAAAUCACAGUGGCUUCUGCAGUGCAGAUGUUGGCACUUUGAAGUUGCAAAAGAAUUUUGAGUGCAAUGCAUUAGCAUAAUGUUUCAUUGACCA